CAUGCAUUUAUUUACGAUUUAUGCCACGCAACGCCGAGCUUUCUCGCAGUGUUCGUCUUCUCGAGCUCGCCCGAAGGUCGGAGCACCGACGACGACGAAGACCUUCCAUUCUCCAUCGAAGCUCUUCUCUCGACCUCCUCCUCCUUCUUCUCCAUCGCCCUCUCUCCAUUGGAGGUCUCUCCUCUGAUCCCAGAGCUCAAGCUCAAGCUCGCCAUGUUCCUCCCCAGUGAUUGGUCUCCGCCUUGCGGCAAAUGCUGCACCAAGAAAUACUCUUCUCUCCUCCAGAUUCCAUGGAGAGUGUUCUGCAAGAAGGGUUGCGGUACUGAUGCCGAGACUUGGGAGGAAUGUGUGGAACAGUGUGAAGGGAUAUGCUACAAGGAUCCAGUUCUGAAAGACCAACAGUGGAGUGCUUACAUUGACAGGUCUCCAGGAGAUGAAAGUUAUUCUAGGGAUUGCUUUCGUGCCUGUGUUUCUGGCUGUGGUUUCAAGUUUGAAGUCCCACCGGAGAAAGCUGACGAAGUUCAACCGAAGAGGCCUCCUAAGCCUCCUGUUGUGAAGAAACCACCCGCGCCACCACAGACUCCACCUGCUGAUGACAUGCCUUCCACAUCAGCAUAAGUUUUUGAAGCAAAGUUACCCUUGAAGACUAUAACAUACUGCCAGAGAGAUUCCAACAUUUUUAGAGAAAGUUUUAGCUGUCCUCUGCACUUCUCAGUCAAAGGAAUGCACAACAUGAAGGGCUCAUGUUUUUUAUUGAGUCAUUGCACCCAAAACUGACCUGACAUAUUCUUACAUAAAUCUGUUUUGCUGUUGUUGACAUAGAAUUAAUUCAUUGCAUCAAAAACUUUAGCAUUGGAUCGAAGAAUAUGGACAUGUUUCUUUGAUUCACAACAGUGAUUCUGAUCGUUUUUUUUUUUUGUUUUGAUCUCAAUAUGCAGGCAUUAAAUGAAGCCUAAUUCAUGAUGGUGUAAGGCUAUACUUCCCUUUCUUUGUUUUUUUUUUACUGCUGUCCUUGCUGAGUAAGACAGGAAGUUAGGCCAGCAUGAGUUUCUUGCUGCAAG